CGCCUGCUCGGUGUCUUUCGGUCACAGAGCCACCUGCAGAACAACAACAAACUCCAGCUGCUUUGAGACAGAGAGCCGCACUUCAAAUAUCACUUUAUCUCUCGUAUUUGCAUUGGACGAAAAACCUUGAGUGUUUGGAGCAAAAAUGUCUGAUAGCGAUCUGUUCCACCCCAGUCCGGCCAAAGAGAGGAGCAGACACAAGAAGAAGAGGCUGGUGCAGAGUCCAAACUCCUACUUCAUGGAUGUUAAAUGCGCAGGCUGCUACAAGAUCACCACCAUCUUCAGCCACGCUCAGACCGUGGUGCCAUGUGGGGGCUGCUCUUUAAUCCUCUGCCAACCAGCAGGGGGGAAAUGCAGACUAACUGAAGGUUGUGCCUUCAGAAAGAAACACACCUGAGCAGAAAUGUGCAAAACAUCCAUGAAAGGAAGCAGAAGGGAAGAAUGGAGCAUGAAGAAAUGCGUCUAAGCCUUGCACUCCAAAACAAGUGUGUUAAAUCUUAAGUAGAGAAUCGGUAUCGCUUUAAGAUGGAGGGACCUACAAUGUAAAGUCAAUGGGAGGGACAUGUUAUUCCCCCCUGUGGGGUUGCAUUGAACAUAGCAGGAGGGAUGAACUAAA